AAAUAACAAAUAAUAAGUUUCUAAUUUCAGAGAAGAUAGAUAAUUUACGUGGAUAUCUGAUUACCAUAGAAGAAAAACUUCAAUCAAACAGUAAAGUUUGUUUUGAGAUGAAGUUCAACAACACACUCCAAAAGUUGGAUCCACUAACAGAUGGACAGUUAAUGUUGCAUUCAGACUGUGCUUCUGGAUUUACGGAGGGAAUACGAAAAGGACAUGAAUAUAUGGUUUCAGUACAGAGUUUACCACUUCCAAAUCGUAAUGGUAUUCUUACAUAUAUUUCUGAUGAAAGCAUUUUCAUAGGGUUUUGUGAUAGCUUUUCAGUGACAAAUGGUGAUGUUGUUCCUCAAGUGGAGGGUGUUUAUGUUAAUAAUGAAGUUGUGGAAGUUAAAUGUAAACCCAAACAUAAGUUGAUUGGAGCAAGCGCUUUGGAGUGCCUUUCACCAACUGGAAAGGGAAAUUGGAAUGACAGUAUACCAGAAUGCAUCAAAUAUCAUGUUGAAGUGGAAGUUUUCUUAAACCGAUCUGUCCUUGUAAAUUUUGAAUUUCUUCCGAAUUGUCAAAAUGGUCACAUGGUCAGAUUAAGAGAUUUAACACAUAACAAACAACCAGAAGAUAAAAGGAAAUUAGUUAAAACUGGGUACACGUUUAUGUAUGAAAACCUAACAAUUGGAAGCUGGCAAGCCUGUGUUUCUUCGUAUUUUUGUGGUAGUGAGGUGGACUAUUGUCAUUACUUUAACAUUACAGGACCUACAACACCUGCAGGACCUACAACACCUACAGCACCAAGCACUCUCGUCAAUACUCCAAAAACGUUAACAUCGACCAAAGCUAAAAACCCUUUAAAAAAUACAAAAACAUAUGUAUAUAGUGGUGUGGGUUGUAUAGGGGGUUUGUUACUAGUUGUCCUAGUCUUCAGACUGAGAUCCAGCUACAAAAGAGAUACUUCUCACACAAACCUAGACGAGUCAACAAUUACUGGGUCAGACAGAUCUUUGAUUGUGGACAACAACAAUAUGAUGUGUGUGACCCCUGACCUUCCACUCAGUCAUAGUUUGCCUGAUGCUAUUACCAUUUGUUCUCAAUCACCAACAAGUGUAGAUAUAGGCAUUCCUCCUUCUGGUUCUGUUUAGUGAGCAAAGUGCAAAUCUGACUUUGAUUUUUUGCGGCCCUUGAAAAGGGCGAUUAAAAAUAAUUUUUGUCUUGAAAACACCUUGUUUCUGCAAAAAGUAAUAUUGAAACUGAGCAUAAAGCGGUUUAAAAACAGUCCAUGAAUGUAUUAGGAAACACACUGGAACAUCAAAGUUUGGGUGCGGCCCUUGGGGUUAUAUAAAAAAUUUACUUUGGCCUUCUGAACCAGUUUUAUGCCACACCUCUGGUUUAGAUUAAUCAUCCAGCUUUUAUCCAGCGGUGGGUUGCGUGUGUACAUUCAGGGAAGGGGAAAGACAUUGUCUAGCAAUUGCUGAUGUUUGUCAGUGGGUUGCAAAAAAAAAAAGAAAAUAAAUCAAACAUUUGCGGCCAUCCUUAGGUGCCAUACCUCUAGAAAUUCAAAACCUCAGCUCCAGCCAUGGCGUAGGAAUUUUUGAAAAAAAAGUAUGUUCUUCUUUUUCUUUAAACACUAAUAAUUUUUGGACAUCAUCAACCCCAUUAUUAGUAAUUGCUCCACUAGGGGUAAACACAGUUAAUAUGCUGAGAGACAUUUCAGUAGUGAAAGGCUUCUUUAUAGUAAGAGAAAUAGAACGGUAGAUAAAUAUAAAUUCUUCUUAACAUUAAUGUAAAGAGAAAAUGUGAAGCCUAGUUACAACCUUUAUUGUUGAGAUAGGUUUUUGGGUGGGCAUGUAUUCGAGAAAGAUGUUUGUUCGAGGGAGGCAUUUAUUUAUUUUUUUUAAAUGGAUAGGUGUACGUAUAUUCUGAAAUAAAACCCCCUAAAUUUCACUGUAAAUAUGGAAGUGCAACGCAUAAUUAACGCCAAAGUGUGUUAUUGCGCGAUCAUAAAGACUUAUCCAAACAGAUUGAAAAAAAAUGGAAUUCAACUUGAGUAGAAAAUUAAUAGAAUGUUUUGCGAAUGAUGUUGCUUCCAUUAGAUUUGCAGGAAUUUAGGGGGACGUUUAUUCAAAGAAAAAUAAAACACCUUGUGGCAAUUGUUCGAGGGAGUUAUUCCAAAUGAGGCUCUAAAGGGUGUGUUUAUUCGAAUAAAUACAGUAUGUAGGCCUAUAACAAUUGUAUGUUCACUUUUACACUAACAUGUACUGGAGCUGUGGCUUUGUGGUUAAGAUGUUCGCUUUCCAAUCCCACGUUCCUUGGUUCAGUCUCUGCUACUGCAAGGUUUUUUUUCCUCCUGACUGAAAAAACAGCUUCACUCCCUUAGGUGGGACUUUUUUAUACCUUGUAUUACAAACUUAUUUUUUUAAAGAUUGUCAGGUGAGGGUGGAAAAAAAAAAUUAAUUUUUGUUUUCUCAAUAUUAAAGCAAACUGAUUUUACCAAAACUAUUUAGGCAGAGAAGAAAGUAAAAUAAAAUUUUAUUGAUAAAUUAAAAAGUGUCGUAAUGUGAUUUCAAAAUCACCAAUUUUGUUGGUCGGAGGGUUUGUUAAACAAGGUAUAAAAAAAUUCCUGCCUGAGCCUCAUAAAAAAACUUUUCGAACACCCCCUCCCCUUCUUUCCGCAAAUUUCUGGAGCCACCACUGUAGCCCUGCCAUCAAGGAAAUGCAUUUGUAAGCUCAUAAAUGCAAACCAGUGUAUUGGAGGAAAAAAUGGCCAUUGUUUAGUUAGUUGCGAGGGCAAUAUUAUCGCUUAACCCUUUCCAAGGACAGAUCCGCUGGAAAAGAGUUGGGUUCCAGUGCCAGUUCUCUA